UGGUUUUUUUCGGUAAAUAUUAUAUUUUAAAACGAUAUUCCACUAUUUUUGUUCCUGUUGUAGUGUUGUUUCUCCGGUUGGCCUCGAAUAGUCGAAUUUACAAUAUCAUUAUCAUAGAUAUUCGCACGUCAUACAACGUUGACAUUGACAAUUAUUAUUUACUAUAAUAAAAUACUUAUUCGUUUGUCUGACGGCAGCUGUUGCUGUUAAUGUCACUUUCGUCGUGUAUCAACUUGUGGAUUUUGUAGUACAAUAUAUCUAUUUUAUGAAUUUCUGUAGUUUUAGCGCUGAUAACGCAUUAAAACAAUACUAACGCACAGUUGCACGCUGAUAACGUAUCGGUUUGUGUUUGAUUUGAUUUUACUCAACAGAAGACGCGGGUAAACAAAAAGUACACACACGUUAAUACAUACUAUUGACCAAAUGCAACAACAAUAAUAACACAUUAUUAAGUAUAUUAUUUACAUAGUGUAUGCACAAUAUCUAAUUAUUGAAAUUUUGAUGAAUAGCUAUAAAACGGUUUAAAGUCGCCAAGACGCAUAAAUACUGCAUACCUAUCUCCAUUUUACCGCAAUCAUGGAGAAGGAUCCGUUGGUCGGCAGUAAUCCGAACUCCAACUAUCGUUCUUUGGUAGGGGAAAAGGCGAUCGUCAACACUCAACCGGGAGAUGAAAAGCUCAAAAAGAACUUAUUUCAAGGAUUCACUCGUUCUGGAAUGCGCUCUUGCUCAACACCAGCCUCUAAUACAAUCUUUAAAAAUGUUCUGUCAGAAAAUCAACAUACUACUGGUCCAGGUCUCAAAGUAUGGAUGGCAGCUGUAUUUGUUGCUGGAGAAAUGGCAGGCACAGGUGUCCUUGCCGUUCCAUGGGCGGUUGUAAAUUCAGGUUGGAUUGGGUUUUUGUUACUAUUUGCUUUUGCAGUUACCGCAGCUUACAGUGGAUCGAGAUUAGGUGACUGUUGGGCAAUUUUGGAAGAACGUUAUCCAGAAUGUCAAGCAAGCUGUAAAAAUCCUUAUCCUACUAUUGCUUUUUAUGCCUUUGGCAAAAAAACUAGUUACCUGACAUCAACAUGUAUACAGCUGACUCUAUUUGGAGCAGGAACUGUGUACUUAAUGCUUGUUGCCCAGAUAGUUCAGAAACUAUUGGAAAAUGUCUUUCCAAAUCUUGGAUUUUGUUCUUGGCUUUUGCUGUUUUCAAUUGCAAUUAGCCCACUGAUGUUCUUAGAGUCGCCCAAAGAUUUUAGCCUAGUCGGUAUUGGAGCAUUACUAACCACGAGUAUUGCCUGUGUGCUUAUUUGUAUACAAAUUUUCCUAGACGGAACCAGUAACGCAGAACCGGUAGAACAUAACAGCCAUACACUCGAUCAGUUUUUCUUGUCUUUUGGAACAAUAUUAUUUUCGUAUGGAGGAGCAUCAGCGUUUCCAACUAUUCAAAAUGAUAUGUUUCAACGAGAAAAAUUUCCAAAAAGUGUACUUAUUGCAUUUAUCAUAAUCAUGGCUCUGUAUGUGCCAAUCGUACUUGGAGGAUACCUUGUCUACGGAGAUAAAAUCAAUCAGAACAUUGCUCUGUCGCUGAGCCCGACUUGGUUAACGACAAUUGCAAACACUCUUAUGGCAACGCAUCUGAUUCUAGGCUUUAUAAUUAUUAUCAAUCCCGUUUCACAACAGUUAGAAUUAUUUUGCAAUGUACCAAAUAAUUUUUGUUUUAAAAGAUUAAUCACUCGGUUCCUUUUGUUGUCACUGAUGGUUCUUCUCGGUGAAUCGAUACCGAAUUUCGGAAAACUAGUAGCACUUAUUGGUGGAUCAACUGUAACAAUGUCUACAUUUGUGCUACCAUCGCUGCUACACAUGAAACUCUGCAGCCAAACCAAUCCGCUCUGGCCCGAAAGGCAAAUCGCUUGGCAUUCCAAGAUGUAUAUGUGGGAGAUAAUCAUCGUCGGUAUUCUUGGUGGAAUAGCAUCGACGUAUGCUGCCGUCGUGGCAAUUGUGAAUAUGGACUCGUUUACUAAACCUUGUUAUUGGAACUGUUGGGCUUAGUUUAUAACAAUUUAUUACUAUGAAACUUUACGAUUAUAAUAUCUAUAUUCUUUAAUUUGUACGCCCUUAACCUAUUUAUAUUUUAUAUUUUUUUAUAGUGUAUAUAGAUUUAUUUUUGUUACCAUUUUUUUUUUUCAUUUAUUUUGGACUGAUCACGUUAAUUCCAUUUAUUGAUUUUAUAUAUUUUAAUGUAUUUUAUACAUAAUUUAAUUUGUAAAAAAAAGAAUGUAUAUUUUGAAACUGUACCAAAAAAAAUACUAGAUGUUAAGGUUUAUUAACGUAG